AUGGAGGUGCAAGCGGGUGGGAGUGAGCGAAAAGAAGUGGUUGAUGAUCUCGUGAAACAAUUGAAAGCAUUGGGUAGAGUGAGAGGAAGUAAAAAGGGGAAAGCUGAAGGAAAAGGAGAUGAGGAGACGAGAAGGGAGCUCACGAUCAAGAUGAGACACAAGAAUACGCUUACAAAGAUUGCUUUGCCGCGAAAUGAAAACGGGACGGUCGACUGGAAUGAUUUGGACAACUAUCUACAAAGGGAAUACAGAAGACGAAUGAAUAUGUACUAUACCUAUCAUGGCAGCAACAUCAUGGUAGCAAUCCGUGAUCAAAAAGAGUUAGAUACAGCGGUUCAGAUGGUGGAUCGAAGUGGGCAACGAAAUUUGUACAUAAUCCUUUCAAUGCACGAGAGCUCAACAUCUUCCUCGUCUUCUUCAUUGUUACCAGAUGAAUCAGGCACAUACACGUUAAGGGUGGUUGAGGUUCCGUAUACAAAUAACACACCAGAGCCGGUGGUUUCCUCGCGAAUGCUGAGUGCGGACAGUGCGGACAGUGGAUCGGUCUUCAUUUAUGCCGGCAAGUUAUUCUUAGCCAGCAGUGCGACAAGUGCUCAACCGUCUUUGCCAGUGAAUUGGAGGAAAGGACGCUGCUUGGGGAGAGGAGCUUUUGGAGAGGUUUGCAUCGCCUACGAUGUCGAUUUGUCGCGAGAGGUCGUCUUCAAGCAUAUCGUCAUUUCGCCGGAUGAGACAACACGCAGAGAUCUGCACACGCUUGAGACUGAUGUUGUACGAUUGGCACAAAUACGGCACGUCCGACUUGUGCAAUAUCUCGGCGUCUCAAUAAUCCCAACUGAUAUCAUGAUUUUUAUGGAAUACAUGGCUGGCGGUUCGGUAAAGGAUCUUCUAAACCAGUAUGGGAAACUGGCGGAGAAAGUCGCCGAAAGAUACACGAAACAAGUGCUUGAAGGGCUGCAAUUCUUGCACGAAGAGCUCAUCGCUCAUCGGGAUAUCAAAAGUGCAAACAUUCUCCGUGAUCUCUACGGUAACGUAAAAAUCGGAGACUUUGGAUCAGCCAAACAAUUGCAAGCUCUAGCUACUCAACGAGGUUCUUGCGGCGGUACACCGCAUUACUUGGCUCCUGAGGUGGUGCUCGGGCAAAGAGAAGCCGGUCGUCGAGCGGAUAUUUGGAGUAUGGGAGUGACACUGGUGGAGAUGUUGACUGGCAAAGUACCGUAUCGGGAACUGCCCGACAUCGAGGCAACGCUAAAGAUCGCUUUCGAGGAGCCACAGUGUCAAUUGCCGGAGAAGAUAAACGAGAGCCUACAAACUCUGACAAGAAGUAUGAUGACAAAAAGUUAUGAGGAUCGUCCCACCGCUCGUCAACUUCUCGAAACAACCAAAUGGAAUCUUACCGAC